GCCUAGGCACCGCAGCGAGCCUUGCAGCUAUAUGUAGCACUCAGUGUCAGUGCGGACCCACACCGUAGGGCUGCUGAAUUCUCAUCGUGAGGAAACUUCAACCGACUUGCAUCGUCCGUAUGCAGUCUUCAAAAUGACGAAACGACGAAAGACAACGGACUCUGGUAAUUUUGUCAAAAUCGGAGACAAGACCAUCAACUUGGAGGGAUACUUCGCCCCCAGCAAGCCCAAGGACACCACCAAGACUGAUGGAGACGCCAAGCCCUCGACGCAGCCUGAGCUGCAACCGAAGGGGGAAGUGCGAAAGGAGCCGGUGAAAGAGAAGCAUCAGAAAAAUGCGGGCAAGACAGACCAAAAGCCAGCAAGGAGAGAGCAAGGAGACAAGGACCUACUGAAACUGCGGGAGAAGCUGCCCAUUUGGAAGCAUAGGGAUGAGAUUCGAGACGGCCUCAGAACGAACGACGUGCUCAUCGUAGCGGCGGAAACAGGCUCUGGAAAGAGUACUCAAGUCCCACAGUUCCUCUUCACCGAAGACUGGUGCCGAAAAAGGACGGUUAAGGUUCGCUCAGGAGACAACAGGGUCAGUGAUGCCUCCGUCGGUGGGGUUAUCGCCAUCACUCAACCACGGCGGGUAGCUGCAACCACACUGGCCCACAGAGUCUCAAAUGAGGCAGGCACGCCGCUCCGUCAGACAGCUGGUGCUCGAGAGGGGUUGGUCGGUUAUUCAGUGCGGUUCGACCACAAUGUCCCAAAGGGAACUAAGAUCAAGUUCCUCACCGAAGGCAUGCUCCUACAAGAGCUUCUCCGUGACCCUCACCUUCGACAGUACAGCGCCGUCGUCGUGGACGAGAUUCACGAAAGAAGCGUCGACGUGGACCUGCUUUCUGGUUUCCUCAAACAGAUCCUUUCAGGAGAUAAAUCCGGCCGAGGGGGCAUCCCACUGAAGGUUGUGGUGAUGAGUGCCACUGCGAACGUGGAAAAGGUCCAGUCGUUCUUCACCGUUGAGAAAGACACCGGAACUCUGAGGCCAGCUAUUCUGGAUAUCCCAGGUCGCCUGUUCCCCGUCGAAUUGAUCCAUACGCCAAAACCCGUACCUGACAUCCAAGACGCACUCCUGAAGACUAUUUUCAAGAUCCACACAGAGCAGCCGUGCCCAGGUGACAUCCUGGCUUUCCUCAUCGGGCAGGAACAAAUCGAAACUGCCCAGAAGAUCAUCGAGGACUACGCCAAGACCCUGGAUCCGAAAAUGCCAAAACUCGUUCCAAUCCCGCUGUUCGGCCAGAUGUCCAUCGAGGCGCAACAGAAGGCCUUCCAACCCGUCAAGGGCAGGGUUGUGAGAAAGGUGGUUCUAGCUACGAACAUUGCUGAAACAUCGGUCACAGUACCAGGCGUUCGUUACGUUGUCGACACUGGAAAGGCUAAAGUCAAGCAAUUCCGUCUCCGCUUGGGCAUGGAGUCCCUUUUGGCAAAGCCCAUUUCAAAAUCAUCUGCCAUUCAGCGAGCUGGUCGAGCCGGACGAGAGGCCGCUGGCAAGUGCUACAGACUCUAUACCGAAGAAGGCUUUGAGUCACUGAAAGAAGCGGAUAUUCCAGAAAUCUUGCGAGUCGAUACCCUGGGUGCCGUCUUGACAAUGAAGUCCCGAGGCAUCACUGACAUCUACGAAUUUCCCCUCAUGGACACGCCUGAUGACGAAGCAUUCGACAGGGCCUUGCUUCAUUUGCACAUCCUCGGAGCCAUCCAAGAUGAUGGAUCGAUUACGGAGAUGGGCAAAAAGAUGGCAUCGUUCCCAGUCACGGCUCCAUAUGCGCGAGUGCUACUUGCGGCGUCGGACCCCAAAUACGACUGUCUUUUGCAAGCAAUCGACGUCAUUUCGUGUCUUACUGCAGGAGAGGACAUAUUUCACCAGCUCCGCUCUGAGGAGGAGCGAGAGAACGCUGAAGAAUAUCGGAAGGGACUCUACCGCAGAGAAGGCGACCUGCUCACGUAUCUGACGACGAUGCAGCAGUACACUGCAGAAAACACGGAUCGGGCCGAAUGGUGCAAGCACAGGAGGAUCAAUGUGAAGGUCAUGCGACAGGCCGUAAACAUUCGGAAGCAGCUGCGUGGCCUAUGUCUCAAGGAGAAGAUGUUGUCCGAGCCCCCCGAGCCGGAUCCCCAGCCCUUCACUCCUUUGUCUCCCGAUCAUGCCGAGCUGCUGUUGAAGUGCUUCCUGAAGGGGUUUUCUGUGAAAACAGCGAUCCUUGCGCCAGAUGCCAGCUACGUCACGACGCAAGGCAAACACGUGGUAGCAAUACACCCAUCCAGUGUUUUACAUGGGCAGAAGAAGGAGGCUAUCAUGUUCCUUGAGCAUGUGUUCACGACCAAAAACUACGCGAAGAAGGUGAGCGUGGUACAGUCGAACUGGGUUCUGGAGGCGUUGGAAGGGUAAAUGAGUACCGAAUGGAAGUAGUCCAUAUGAGGCUGUCCCAAUACAAGUCACCUCAUGAUUCACAUAGCCUUGUGAACCUCAAGUAGACAAAUUCAAUCAUGCCAUUGCA